GGCCGAGUGCCGCGCGCCAAGACGCCCGCCGGGACGCCGCCGACAUCCUGUCCGCGUCCGAGACUCGCGUGCGUGCGAGGGUGUCGUCGGCGAGCUCCCGCCGGGCCCACGAGGACCGCGUCGUCGCGCUCCCGCCGCCCGCGCCAGUGUAGUGUGUGUCUGAAGUGCAACCAUCGUCGCCAGGGACAAGGAUACCGUCUUGGAGCCGCCAUGUGUGGAUAAGUCGAAGUGGACAAGCCGCCGCCCCUGCCCCGCCGGGCCGACCGUGUGAGGACCGCGAUGGCGCCGGGCAGCGCCGCCCUGGGCCCCGCCCUGGUGCUCCUCGGCCUGCUGCUGCACGCGCAAGUGGAGGCCAUGCCGAAGCAGAGGAGCCUUAACGUGACCACGUUGUGGAAGGACGAUAACGACAUCGGGAGGCUGACCAGACGGUCGCGGGCCAACAGCUCCAGGCUCCUCUUCGACGACAUAUUUUUUGGGGACUUCGAAGAUGAGAGGGAAACCGGCACAUCUUGUGACUGCGCAGAGUGCGGCGUCAUCAACCAAGAGAUCCGCAUCGUGGGCGGCCGCCCCACGGGGGUCAACCGCUACCCGUGGGUCGUGCGCCUGGUGUACGACGGCCAGUUCCACUGCGGCGGCUCCCUGCUCAACGGGGACUUCGUCCUGACGGCGGCGCACUGUGUCCGCAGGUUGAAGAGAUCGAAAAUCCGAGUGAUUCUCGGCGACCACGAUCAGUAUGUGACGUCGGACGCUCCCGCCAUCAUGCGCGCCGUCUCCCUAGUCAUCCGCCACAGGAACUUCGAUGUCAACUCGUACAACCACGACAUCGCCCUCCUCAAGCUACGGAAACCGGUACAGUUCACCAAGCGCAUCCGCCCGGUGUGCCUACCGCAAGCAGGACUGGACCCGGCGGGACACAUGGGCACGGUGGUCGGGUGGGGCCGCACGGAAGAGGGUGGCCAGCUGCCCGCUGUCAUCCAGGAGGUGCAGGUGCCCAUCCUGACACUCGCCGAGUGCCGAGCCUCCAAGUAUCGUGCGUCCAGGAUCACGCAGAACAUGAUGUGCGCGGGUAGAGGCACUCAGGACUCGUGUCAGGGCGACAGCGGAGGUCCCCUGAUCGUCGGAACGGGCGAAGAUGGUAGAAAUCAAGUCGUCGGUAUUGUUUCGUGGGGAGUGGGCUGUGGCCGACCGGGCUACCCUGGGGUGUACACCCGUGUCACCCGCUACCUCGACUGGGUCAAGACGAACAUGCGGGACUCGUGCGUGUGCGUCAGGUGAUCCGCUUCUCCCUGUACUCUCUCCCUAACUCUUCCGCCCUCUUCCCAUCUAUCUCUGACUACGACAAAGUGCUUGGGUCUACUGCAACAGUCUUCUUAGUUUUACAUAACUUAUUUUGUCAAUCUACGAGAAGUUAUCGAUAGAUCAUAUGAUUUGUUCUUUACCGACAUCAUCUUGUUUUCUUUCAUUCUUUCGUUAUUUUCUUUCUUUCUCUCUUGUGACGCCCACCGUCCACUACAUGAGUUGUGAUCUCAAAGUUUGAGCGCUAUGCGGCGCGGACAAUCAUUUAAACAGACAAAAGACGUUCUAGUUGCUGUUACUUAAUUAUAUAUUUAUACUUCGGUGGAGUUUUUUUAAUUGUCUGAGACAAAACUACCCAUUGGCUGAUAAGGUUGGUUCAAAAAUUCCAAGGGCUUCACCCAGGCUCAAUUUUGUAAGUUACCAGUUAUGUUAUACUAGAUUAACUCAUACGUGUGCUCAUCAGUGGUGAGAAAAGAUUUUGUAAAUACUUAAUUUAUACUUUGCCCACACCUAAUUUAUUUCUCAAUGUAAAAAAAGCUUUUGUAAACGUCCUUUAAAAAAUGAACACAACUGUAAGUUGUACAAACAAAAUUUAGGACUUAGUUGACUGCUGUGACAAUUAUUGUGAUUUCUUCAUGCACAUCUAUCGAAGAAAGACUAUUAUUUGUAGGGCAUCCCUGCGUUAUCUAUGUUAAAAUAAAUAAGUAUACACUAGAUUAGUUUUACUGCUCUGCCUCCGGCGCGGGCGUGGGUCAUCUGGUCAUAUUCAGUUUUUACGCACAGAACUGCAGGCUUGGCUGCAGUUGGACAGACAUAAUCGAAUGUAUUUCCAUUCAAUACGCAAAUUAAAGUUGUGUGCCCCCUUA